AGGCCGCGCGCCGCGUUCUCCAGGGCUAAGGCCCGGCGUUCCAGGACGUAGGCUCCAGAGGAGCCGUGACAGACACGCGGGCUUCAGAGAAGACUGCCGCAGAUCCAGAGCCGUCGCGCCUUCCUGAGAGCGAGGACGCGCGGGAGCGCGGACGCGCGGCCCGAGAGAGAGGCGGGACGCGAGCCCCGCAGCCACUCGAACGCCUUCGGCGCGGCUCGGCAAUACCCCCACCACCUCCACCACCGCGGCCCCUCAGCCCCGAUCCGGAAACAGCCGAGCGGAUCCGGAAACAGCCGAGCGGACCCGGAAGCGGGAGUGCCAUCACCAGGGAGUGCGGGAAUCCGCCGUUUGGGCUGAGACGAUGGCAGCAGCUGCACCGGCAGCCCUAGCGCCGAAUCCCCAGCCCCAAGAUGGGCAGAAGGAUGCAUCCGAGUCCAGUGAGCUCGGACGGCUUCGUGCUGAAUUGGCUGGUGCACUGGCAGAAAUGGAAACCAUGAAGGCUGUAGCGGAGGUGAGCGAGAGCACCAAGGCAGAGGCGGUGGCUGCGGUGCAGAGACAGUGUCAAGAGGAGGUGGCUUCCCUGCAGGCCAUCCUGAAAGACUCCAUCAGCAGCUACGAGACCCAGAUCGCAGCCCUGAAACAGGAGCGGCAGCAGCAGCAGCAGGACUCCGAGGAGAAGGAUCGAGAGCUGGGCCACCUCAAACAGCUGCUGGCCCGGGCCCACCCCCUGGACUCCUUGGAGAAGCAAAUGGAAAAGGCUCAUGAAGACUCCGAGAAACUCCGGGAGAUUGUAUUACCCAUGGAGCAGGAGAUCGCAGAGCUGAAAGGAAAGCUGCUGAGGGCAGAAGAGCUGAUCCAAGAGAUCCAAAGACGACCAAGGCAGCCUGCCUCCCUGCACAGCUCCACAGAGCUGCUUCCGCUGUCAAGGAACCCCUCGCCUCCACUGGAAGCCUUGGAGGAGCCAGGUGGAGACGCAGGCUCAGCUGCGGAGGCCUUUGCCCACAACUGUGACGACAGUGCCUCCAUCUCUUCCUUCUCCCUCGGUGGGGCAGCCAGUACUGCCUCCCUGCGAGGCUCCCAGGGCCUAAGCCCUGAGCAGGAAGAGACGGCUUCUCUGGUGUCCACUGGCACUCUGGUCCCUGAGGGUAUCUACCUACCCCCUCCUGGGUACCAGCUUGUUCCGGAUAGCCAGUGGGAGCAGCUGCAGGUAGAGGGGAAGCAGCUACAGAAAGACCUGGAGAGUGUCAGCCGUGAGCGGGAUGAGCUGCAGGAGGGCCUGAGACGGAGCAAUGAGGACUGUGCCAAGCAAAUGCAGGUGCUCCUAGCCCAGGUCCAGAACUCAGAGCAGCUGCUUCGAACUCUGCAGGGGACCGUGAGCCAGGCCCAAGAACGCGUGCAGCUGCAGAUGGCAGAGCUGGCCACUUCUCACAAGUACCUGCACCACGAGGUUAAAAGACUGAACGAAGAAAACCAAGGACUUCGGGCCGAGCAGCUGCCAUCCUCCACCCUCCAGGUCCCGGAGCAGUGGGAGAACGAGGGUGAGGCCCUGCCCAGCUCCAUACAGGAGCUUCAUCUGCUAGUGCGGCACACCCGGCAACAGGCGCGAGCCAGGCAACAGGCACAGGAGCAUGAGGCCGAGCGCCUGCGCAUUGAAAUCGUGAAGCUGCGGGAGGCGCUAGACGAGGAGACAGCAGCCAGGGCCAGCCUGGAGGGACAGCUGAGGGUGCAACGAGAAGAGACAGAUGUGCUACAGGCCUCCCUGUGCAGCCUGAGGACAGAGACAGAGCGAGUCCAGCAAGAGCAGCGCAAGGCCCAGCUCACAGACCUCCUCUCUGAGCAGAGGGCCAAGGCACUGCGGCUGCAAGCCGAGCUGGAGACCAGUGAACAGGUGCAAAGGGACUUUGUACGGCUCUCUCAGGCCCUACAGGUACGCCUGGAGCGGAUUCGCCAAGCGGAGACUCUGGAGCAAGUGCAUAGCAUCCUGGAUGAGGCACCCCUCAGGGAUAUCAAGGACAUCAAGGACUCCUGAGGGUGCCAGGCGAGAAGCUUCCCUGCUGGGGAAGCCGCCUCUUUCUCUACCAGAACUGUGAGACAAGGACAGGUCUCAGAAUGGAGCCCACCCACUCCAGGUCUGGAUGGUGGUGUCACCAGGGCCACUACUUCCAGCCACAGUGGCUGGACUUGCUCUCAGGGAUGACACCUGGAUGAGGGUCCCAGCCUCCUUCCAGAACCAAAGUACAGGCUGAGCCCUGUAGCUUUCAGGCUACCAUGCUGCCUCAUGGAUCCUGCCUUCCCGCCCUGCCACCUCUAGCCAGCAGCCCGGGUCUGAGGCACGCUUAGCUUGUGGCUAGACGCUGUUGUCAUCAGCGGAUUCCUCACACAGAGACCCUGGGACACGCAGCUGCUUUCUGGACUCGGACACUAAGGUAUCUGUCCCCAGGCACCGGAAAUAGGACCCGAGAUAUACGGAGGCAAGGCCAGACUUUUCUGUCAUUUAUUUUGAAUAAAUAAG